AUGCGCUUGAGUGUGCCGCCGAAGUACGCGGCCGACUGGCUCGCCGGCGUGACGGAGACACUGGACGGGAUGCUCAUGCGAUACGUAUCGCAGAUGGGCGGCGUGCUCCUCGCGCACUGGAACCACGAGGUGAUGGACGACACGGUCAAGAUUGUCAACGAGUGCCCGUACGGCGUGUGCGAGGUGUCAUUCCACUCGAUCAUCUGGGCGCCUGUGGUGGGGCAAGUGCUGUACGGCACCCACUCGCUCUCCUCCCCAUCCCAUCUUUCGCUCCUGUUCGCCAAGACGUUCAACGUCUCCAUCCCCCUCCAGCACAUCCCGCGCGACAAGUACGAGUUCGAGCACGCCGACCUGGCCGAGGAGGAUUACUCGAGCGACGAGGAGGACGAGGGCGUGCACGAAGUCGGGAGGUGGAAGGAGGGGGACAAGGUCCUGGGCGAGGGCGGUGAGCGAGUCGCGUUCACCGUUAUUGGGUUGCACGUCACCAACCAGAUGCUCAGCCUUACGGGGUCGCUCUUGGAUGACCCAAGCAAGCCGCAGGCGCUGCCAGAAACCGCGCGCCGCAGCCCGUCUCCCGACAUCCUGGUCAUGCCCAAACGCACGGCACGCACGCCACGCACGCCGCACACCCCGAAGACCGCGGCCGGUGCCGAAACGCAGAAGACAGCGCCUGCAGCGCCAGAGACGCCCGCGAUUGACGAGAGCAAACUCUCUGCGCGUGAGCUGAAGAAGCUGCGCAAGGAGCAGGAGAAGGCGAAGCGUGACGCGCGCAAGGCGCGCAAGGCAGACGGCGAGGGCGAGGACGAGUCGAGCUUGAAACGCAAGGCCGACGAGGAGGAGGGGCCACGGAAGAAGCGCAAGUAG